CAGCGAGAGCCCUGCCGAAAACAUGGAAAGGAUGAGCGACUCUGCAGAUAAGCCAAUUGACAAUGACGCAGAAGGGGUCUGGAGCCCAGACAUCGAGCAGAGCUUUCAGGAGGCCCUGGCUAUCUAUCCACCGUGUGGGAGGAGGAAAAUCAUCUUGUCAGACGAAGGCAAAAUGUAUGGUAGGAAUGAAUUGAUAGCCAGAUACAUCAAGCUCAGGACAGGGAAGACGAGGACCAGAAAACAGGUGUCUAGUCAUAUACAGGUCUUAGCAAGAAAGAAAGUUCGAGAAAUUCAAGCCGCCAUUAAGGUGUCUAGUCACAUUCAGGUUCUUGCCAGAAGGAAAUCUCGUGAUUUUCAUUCCAAGCUAAAGGUAACAAGCAUGGAUCAGACUGCCAAGGACAAGGCCCUGCAGCACAUGGCAGCCAUGUCGUCAGCCCAGAUCGUCUCAGCCACUGCCAUUCACAACAAGCUGGGGCUGCCUGGGAUUCCACGCCCGACCUUCCCGGGGGCACCAGGGUUCUGGCCGGGAAUGAUACAAACAGGGCAGCCAGGAUCCUCACAAGAUGUCAAGCCCUUCGUGCAGCAGGCCUAUCCCAUCCAACCAGCGGUCACAGCCCCCAUUCCAGGGUUUGAGCCUGCAUCAGCCCCAGCUCCCUCGGUCCCUGCCUGGCAAGGCCGCUCCAUUGGCACAACCAAGCUUCGCCUGGUGGAAUUUUCAGCUUUUCUUGAACAGCAGCGAGACCCAGACUCGUACAACAAACACCUCUUCGUGCACAUUGGACAUGCCAACCAUUCUUACAGUGACCCUUUGCUCGAAUCAGUGGACAUUCGUCAGAUUUAUGACAAAUUUCCUGAAAAGAAAGGUGGCUUAAAGGAACUGUUUGGAAAGGGCCCUCAAAAUGCCUUCUUCCUCGUAAAAUUCUGGGCUGAUUUAAACUGCAAUAUUCAAGACGAUGCCGGGGCUUUUUAUGGUGUAACCAGUCAGUACGAGAGUUCUGAAAAUAUGACAGUCACCUGUUCCACCAAAGUUUGCUCCUUUGGGAAGCAAGUAGUAGAAAAAGUAGAGACGGAGUAUGCAAGGUUUGAGAAUGGCCGAUUUGUAUACCGAAUAAACCGCUCCCCGAUGUGUGAAUAUAUGAUCAACUUCAUCCACAAGCUCAAACAUUUACCAGAGAAAUAUAUGAUGAACAGUGUUUUGGAAAACUUCACUAUUCUAUUGGUGGUAACAAACAGGGAUACACAAGAAACUCUCCUCUGCAUGGCCUGUGUAUUUGAAGUUUCAAAUAGUGAACAUGGAGCACAGCAUCAUAUUUACAGGCUUGUAAAGGACUGAACAUGGUUAUUUAUAUAUAUAGAUAUCUGUAUAUACACACACACAUAUGUGCACACACACUCUCUCCAUUAUUGAACGACUGACUGUAAACCUCACCACACAGGGUGGUGCCCUGGCCCCGAGGUCACCCCAACUUUUCGAAAUCCUGUUUGAGUGAAGUCAUUUUUUCAUGUGUUCAUACUAUCAUUGUAGCUGUGAAGUUCUGGUACAGUUGUAAAAAAGAGAAAUCAAGUUGUUUCUAUGUGUUCUUCAGAUCUGCAGCCCACAAUUCCUCGGGAAAGGUGAACCUUAACAACCUAAGUCUCUCUCUGCAGAGAUCUGUUUCUAAUUGUGGUAGAAAAUAUUGAGACAGAGCAUUUGCCAUGGGACACUUACAGCCUUUAUACAAAUGUAUUUAGUUCUCUUUUUUCCAACAUAAAAUUCUUGUUUUAAGAUACAAGUAAAAUUAAUCUUUAAAUAUAAAUGUAAAUUAGUACACAAAACUAAGAAUCUUUAGACUUAUCUUUGUAACUAAUUAGGGUGGAAGUUAUGAAAGAAUGUAAUUCACUAAAUUAUUUUUUAAAUGAAACCUUUCUUUUUGAAACCAAAUGUUAAACUAUAGCCUUAAGAAAUGCUUGGUAGAAAUACCCUAAUGAGACAAAUUUGUACUUUUUUCCUCAAGGUUUAAACUAAUCUCCUAAUCCAUUAAACUCUUGAACAGGUAUCACAAAGGAACUUCACCCCUUAUCCUUAACAUAUAUAGUAUAUUUAAAAAUAUAAAAUUGUAUUGUACUAAUGUGAUGAUUGAUUAUUUAAUGAAAAGAUGGCUUUUUUUGCAAUAAGUAGAUAAAUACUGAAAAAUCUAAACUUAACAAUGUUUAUAGUCUUCUGUGUGCAGUUAUAUUUUAUAUGGAGAACCAAAUUUUUUAUUAAGAUAAAUAAAUAUUUGAACCACUGAAAUUUAAUAACAAAAUUUAAAAAUUGGCAUGAAUACUGCACUGUGCACUACAAAGUAUAGAGAAUCCUGUGGCUGGGAGAAAAUUUUCUCGACCAAACAAGUAAAAGGCUCAUCAGUUUUAGCAUCUCUGUUCCCCCCAAAAUUGUAAGCAUCUUCACCAGCCUGUGGAUAAAUUCUUUAUUUCUGGUGAUCCAAUAUGCAUAAUAGCCUGCUAUAACUAUAGCUCUAUGUGUAUGUAUUUGUAUAGAUGUAUACAUACAUACAUAUAUAGUUAUUCAGCACAUUCAUUGAACAUCUAUUUAGUGUCACUUAGUUUGCUAGGUGCUGAUAUGUAUGUAUUUCUCAAUUCAUGUCUGUAGACUUAAAUGCAUUCUCUUUAAGGACAUUGUUUCCUUUACAUCUGUCAGUAACUCACAGUACUCCCUUGUUUGAGUUAGUUUAAGAGGCCCAGCUAUCUCUCUCUGACCUUUUCAAACAGGCUUUAUUACUCUUUCCAGGAGGUUCUCUUUCCUAGAGAGAUUGAAUUUUCUAAUCCAAAUAUUCCAAAGUAUUGCCCAGACAGAGUUGGUUUGAUGUGGACACGUGUUUUGGGUUAUUUUCAUACGUGCUUUACUGAGGAGGGCACAGGGGGAUACCUUCCCCACCUUCCUAAAAGAAAAUGAUGUCUUUAUACCUGUUAGGAAUAUGUUAUCACAAUAGAAAGUGAAAUAAGUUUUGUAAGUUGUACAUCAUGUCAAGAUUUUUUCACCAAGCUAGAAAAUAAAAACUUAGUUAUACCACCUC